AUGGGUGACAUGAGCCGCUUCCCCGAGUCCUCUGGCCGCCAGGUCUCGAUCGACCCUUAUGCGCUCGUCUCGGCCAUCAUGGGCAGCCAGGUCCGCAGCGGAGAGGCUUCGACGGCGACGGAGCGCGAGUAUGAGGAUCUCGUCGACCUCCCCCGCCGCGAAGAGCACAACGACGAGGAGACGGAGAUGAACGAGGGCCGUGGGCCCCGCCCGGACCACCCGCCCAGGAACGUCUGCGUCGGGGCGGCCAACCCCUACGCCAUCGUCGAGGCCAUGCUCGGCCGGCGCAUCGACAAGUACAACACGCAGGUGACGGAGCUCAUGGCCAACGUGCUCCAGACCGACUACGACGAGCUCUUCGACAUGAAGCACCACUCGCUGCUGUACGCGGGCCUCAGGCUCAACGAGAGGGAGCGCAAGGCCGAGCGCUUCUCGCAGAACGACAUGAAGAUCAUCGACGAGAGGGACCUCGUCACGCCCGACCUGUCGCGCGUCCACCGCAUCAAGGACCUCGAGCGCGUCGGGAUCCAGGACGUCGAGAACAUCAAGGUCAAGGUGGCGAGGCUGCAGAACGGCAAGCUCAGGCUGGUGCUGCACGCGCACCAGCUCGGGCGGACCGUGACCAACAGGGACGUGACGCGGUCCAUCAACGACCUCGUCACCCCCUUCCGCCGACACCACGGCGGCCACAGGGGAGGCCGUUGGACGCCACCCAACGGAUCGUGGCGCGACAUGUACGACUACUUCUUCCAGAUCUUCAACCGCAGGCUGGUCGAGGACGUCAACAUGUUCCGCAUCGGCAGGGAGUACAACAUGAACGCCCUGGGCCAGAUCACGGCCAACACCAGGCCGUUCACGUCAUACAACCGCUUCGACGACCCGCAGCAGGGCUGCAGCACCAACAGCUGGCUCAUCGCCGCGCUCUUCUCCGUCUACUGGGCGGACCCAUGCUCCAUCAACCGCGACACGCGCCUGUACGGCAGCGAACAGCACCGCCGACGAAGGGGCGGUGGCGGUGGCGGUUGCGGCAGGCGGCCGGACAGCAGCGAGGACGAGGAGCGCGAGGGCGAGGGCGAGAGGCGGGUGCUGAGCAUCAAGUUCCACGACAAGGGCGGCGACAACAACAACACGACGCAGGUGGUGGACGUCAACUACGAGAUCCCCAUGAACAACUCCAACAACGAGCCGCUCUACUGCCGCGCGUCGGACGGGGCCGACAUCUGGCCGUCGCUGUACGAGAAGGCCUUUGCCAAGUGGAUCACGGGCACCGACAGCGACCAGCCCGACAUCACGCAGACGCACUGCGGCGACCCCAUCAAGGCCAUGGCCCAGAUCAACGGCCGCGAGCCCAUGUACUACCAGUGCGAGAGGCACAACGCCACCGACCUCGUCGGCCUGGUGCGCCACAACUGCGUCAACUUCAAGACCAUCAACCCCAUGACCGCCUUCACCUACGCCACCGGCGACCAGUUCCGCGGCGCCAACAUCGUCGCCAACCAUGCCUACUCCGUCCUGGGCUACGCCAUCCUCGGCGGCCGCCAGUACAUGGUCCUGCGCAACCCGUGGGGCGUCUCCGAGCCCCAGGGUCUGAGCAGCUACCCGGGCCUCGUCUCACGCGUCGAGACCGACUUCUGGACCCCGGCUGCCCUGCUCGACCACGGCGGUCUGUUUGCCCUCGAGGCCGAGGCAUUCAAGCGCUGCUUUGCCUACAUUGGUGUUGCCAAAUAA